AUGGCUGUGCCGCCCCGCGCCACCACGCCGGAGCAGGAGCAAGAAGAAAACGGCGACGGCGAGGACGAGUUCACCUUCCCCACGCCGCCACCGCAGCUCCUGGGUGCCGGCGCUGGCGGCGGCGCGCGCGGCAGGGACUUCCUCCACCUGGCACCGCCGCCGUGCGCGGCGUCGGCGUCCUCGUCCCCGCCCGUGUGGCUGCUGUCGUCGUCGUCCCCGAUCCGCCGCAGCUUCUCCGCGGCCGACUGCGCCGCGUCGCCGUGGCGCGACCGGGUCCUGCUCGCCCGCCGCCGCCUCAACGGCGGGUGCUCCCCCGCGCUCAGCGACUACGCCGCGGGCGCCGCCAGAUUCUGCGACGAGGGCGAGGAGGAGGAGGAGAGGAUGGACAGCCUGUGGGAGGACCUGAACGACGACGAUGCGGCGGCCCGUGGCGAGGACCUGCUCUUCGGGCGGUCCCUCGACGUGUCACGCCGCCGGUCCGUGGCCACCGCCACCGCCGCCGAGGGGGCGAGGAGGGUGGGCAAGGACAAGGACCAGCUCGGCGCCGGCGCCGGUGCGGUGCUCGGCGCGUCCAGGAGCUCCCGGCGGCGGCCCCCGGGGCUGGUGGCCAUGAUGCGCGCGCUCAGGAAGAUGUUCGUGGCGCACAAGGGCAAGAGCCGCGUGCACAGGGACGAGCAGAGCACCGCCUCUGCCUAUUCCUUCAGCAGGAAAGGAUGA